CUAUAUUAAGUAUUGAUAGAAUUUUAAGUUAUCGGAUAUCUUCGGCAACCCGUCGGUACUUUCCGGUCACAAGGUCACCCCCCGCGAAGCCACGUUCGGUCUCUCUCCCACUGCCCAUCAUGGCGCCCGCCAAAGUGAAGACGAUGGCAGCCAAAGCAGGUAGCAAAGGCAAGAAGAAGAAGAUGUUGCUGAAGUUCACCAUCGACUGCACACAUCCGGUGGAGGAUGGCAUCAUGGAUGCAUCCAACUUCGAGUCGUUCCUGCACGACCGCAUCAAAGUCCAGGGGAAGACCGGCAACCUGGGAACUCAGGUCUCCAUCGAGCGCAACAAGAGCAAGAUCUCUGUUCAGUCAGAAAUCGCCUUCUCUAAAAGGUAUCUCAAGUACUUGACCAAGAAGUACUUGAAGAAGAACAACCUGCGUGACUGGUUGAGGGUGGUGGCGAGCACCAAGGAGCAGUACGAGCUCCGUUACUUCCAGAUCAACCAGGAUGAGGAGGAGGAGGAAGAUGAGGAUUGAGUACCGGGAGGCUGAGAUGAUCGCUCCGGUGCAGUGGGCAAGCCUGUGUGUACACACGUCAUGAAACAUACACUGUACUUGUACAUCCUCUGAGAGAUAUUAAAUGUCUCCAUUAUA